AUGGAAGCUAUUGAUGCAGAGAAUGGUCAAAUUUUCUUUAUAGAUGGUCCAGGUGGGAUAGGUAAGACUUAUCUAUAUCGAGCCAUACUUGCAACAGUCAAGCUUAGAGGGAAAUUUGGAUUACCAUUAACUAGCUCAGCAACAAUGACUCAUCGACAUGCGUAUGAAGCAAUUGAUCGUAGUUUAAGAGAUCUAACAGGGGUUGAUGUUCCAUUUGGCGACAAAGUCAUUUUGUUUAGUGGAGAUUUUAGACGAAUUUUACCCGUUGUACCAAAAGGAACAAAGGCUCAAACUAUAGAUGCGUCCUUUCUUUUAAGAGUUAGAGAUGGAUGUGAGCCUACAGUUGAUGAAGACAUGAUAAAGUUACCAUCUUCAAUAUGUGUAGGAAAUGGUGAUAAUAUUUCAGUUGAUAAUCUAAUCCCUGAAAUAUUCACAAACCUAACUAAGCACGUAGGAAAUGUGUCAUACAUGGUACAAAGAGCUAUAAUAACACCAACAAAUGUCGAAGUUGGCAUGCUUAAUGAGAAGAUACUUACAGAGUUUGUCGGAGAAGAAAAAACCUACUACUCACGUGACUCUAUUCCAGAAGAUCGUCAAAAUCUCUAUCAAUAG